CGCGCAUACAGCACCUUGCUCCAGCCUCCCCGCCGCCGUCCGUCCCUGAGCAAUGGAGUCGAAGAAGCCGCUGCGCUCCGCCUUCGUCGACGACUACGUGGUCCCCGGCGACGUCAUCCUGGACCUCGCCGAUAUGACCAACCAGACCAUCAAGCUCGGCGCCGGCCUGCGACAGGAUUGUGACACUAUCCAGGUGACUAGUGCUGGGAGGCUUCGGCUGUCCAAGCCCAACAAGUACUGGGUGGAGAACUCCCAGAAGAGGUAUAUACCUUCUGUAGAAGAUACAGUUCUUGGAAUUGUAGUUGACACCAAACCAGAUAACUUCUUGGUGGACAUAAAGGGGCCCAGUGUCGCCUUUUUACCAGUUCUUUCAUUCGAAGGUGGUACCAGGAGGAACAUACCGAAGUUUGAGAUUGGUACAUUAAUAUAUGCCCGAGUAGUGAAAGCAAAUAGCAUCAUGAAUCCAGAGCUUUCAUGCAUGGAUGCAAUUGGCAAAGCCGCUGAAUUCGGUCAACUGAAAAAUGGUUACACAUUUGAAACAUCAACUGGCCUGGCAAGAAUGCUCUUAAGCUCCCCAACAUGUCCACUUCUAGAAGCCCUUGGGAAGAAAUUAUCAUUUGAGAUAGCUGUUGGACUGAACGGUCGAGUAUGGGUGAAUGCUCCGUCGCCAAGUAAUAUCAUUCUUGUAUCAGAAGCAAUUAAACAGUCGGAAUCUUUUAAUCGCAUACAACAAAGAAGCAUGGUGGAAAAACUCCUGGCUAAGCUGGCAUGAUGGACGAUUCUGCAACCGAAAAGAUGGGUAGUCAUUAUCAUGUACCUUAGCAGGGAAUAGUAGUUGUAAUCGGUGCAUUGAAGGAGUUGGCUGUUUUUGAUGAUGUAGGGCCAAAGUAGCCGGUAGACUGGUAAACAUUGGAAACCUGAGUGUGUACUUUGUACUUUCGGAUACAUGGUUAGUUGGCUUUGUAAAAUGUUUGCUGCUAAGUGGAAAGAUGGUGAUACUUGUAUUAUAUUUCGGAUCCGUAGCGUGUGAAACUGUUACACUGAGCACUGCAAGCAAAGAUGAGCUGAACUCCUGCUAAAUGAGAUGACGCGGUGUUUUACAUUA